AUGACCAGAAGAGAUGGAUUUCGGAGAUUGGGAAGUAACCCCAGAGGCAUUCGAAAGAGUUCAACAUCAAUUGCAGGUGAAAGUUCAGUUCGACCGUUUCGCCAGCAAUUACAACUUCAAGGUUCCUCAAUACAUGGUGUGGAAGAGGACCAAGAGAGAACAGCCCGCAGAUGCAUUCAGUUGCUAUUGGCCCAAGGAAGAGCUAAAUUGGUGCUGCGUGCCGUUCAGCAUUAUCCAGAAGGUGCUAGAGCAUUGCAAGCUUUGUCAAUCUCAAAUGAUACUCGUUCACCCAGUAUGGAAGGCAAAACCCUGGUGGCCACUACUGCUGGAAGGCAAGGUUCGGUCAGUACCAAUGUCUGGAAUAGAUUUCAGACCCUCUCGGUCAGGGAAAUGCGAACCGCAAAAGAAAAGCUCUUGGCUAUUAGAGGCGACCCUAAUCGACUUUCGGAUGACCAACUAACAUCAGUUGGUGGACUAAUUGAAAAGGCCAGUGCGGGUCGUGAGUCCACAAACACUACGUAUGACAGUUAUUGGAAUCGAUUUGUUAAAUGGUGCGGUGAGAGAAAUAUUGCAAUACCACCCACAGAGAUGGAUGUUUACAAUUUUCUGGUGUGUCUUUUUCUUAAAUGUAGGUCCGGAAAAAAUUGUAAACUGGCAAUGUUUGCUAUUAAGAAGCGAUGUAAUCAGUUCAAAUGGAUUGACGUGGUGGGUGAACAUAUUUCAUCUCUAGUUGAUUACAUGAUCAACAUGGCACCAGUUUCAUACGAGAUUGAACGAAACGAGUGGCGUAUUAUGUACAUUGAUAUGUGGAUUCUCGAAGGGUGUAACUUUGUCGACAGGAGAACUUAUGUUUUUUAUACGACCCUUAUGAUCAUCGGCAUCAGGUCCAUGUUACGAGGAUCUGAGUUGGGUAGUAUUUUAACCUCCAAUGUGGUAGAAAUUAACAAGAACAACAUUAACGGAAUCAGAAUUGUUGUGGAAAAAGUGAAGAAUGAUUUUAAACGAAGCAAGAAAGGAAGAGUCAUCGAAAUUGAGGCAACUAACUCCAGGAGAUGUCCUGUCGUCUGGCUUAGGUUAUGGAAAGUGUGUAACCCUCAAAAGUAUUUGUUUGGUGAUGACCUUCCCUUAUCCACGGCUAAAAUUUCAGACGUUCUUAGAUUUGUAGCAACCAGCCUUAAGAUUUCGGGUUCUUUUUCUAGUCAUUCCUUAAGAAUUGGAGGAGCGUCAGAGGCAGCAUUUGCUGGUUUCUCUCACACAGCAAUCCAAGCUCUAGGUGAUUGGUCCUCCAAUGCGAUAGAUGCCUAUUUCAGAGCUGGAUUCGCAUUUGACAAGAAUGUAUCUCGCCAGAUGGGUUUUUAG